UGAUGUAGAGUAAAACUCAAUUGGCGGGUGAACGUCGCAAUAGCUGCUAACAAACUAAUGGCCACGAAGGCAGAACAAAGCCCUUAUCAGCUGAGCAUGGACAAUUAAAUUAACUCGCUUUUAUGACGUACAGCAUUGCUGGUGUUGAUUUUGAAGCGAUAAGAUAUCCGCGCCUUAUCGGAAGAACCGAUAUGCGCCUCGACCGAUAGUUACGCGGCGCAAGCAACCCUGCACUCGGCGAUUUCACCACAAGAUGGCGGAUGGCAGCUGUCAAAGCGAACACACCACACACACAUAGACACUCGGCACAAACGUUUGUGCAAAGAAAAACGCAGAAAGAUUUUAGCGGCGUCGGAAAAAUUAGUGAAAAAUCAAUUGUAACUUGCUGAAAACCAGUAUAAAACCUAGCAACCAUGUCAAUUGGAGUACCCAUUAAAGUGCUGCACGAGGCCGAAGGCCACAUAAUCACUUGCGAGACUAUUACCGGCGAGGUUUACCGGGGCAAACUCAUCGAGGCGGAGGACAAUAUGAACUGCCAGAUGACCCAGAUCACGGUCACCUACCGGGAUGGACGCACCGCCAACCUGGAGAACGUCUAUAUCCGUGGCUCCAAGAUCCGUUUCCUCAUACUGCCCGACAUGCUAAAAAAUGCCCCGAUGUUCAAGAAGCAGACGGGCAAGGGAUUGGGCGGGACGGCGGGAAGGGGCAAGGCAGCCAUUCUGCGCGCACAGGCUCGUGGCAGAGGAAGAGGCGGGCCGCCGGGCGGAGGAAGGGGCAGUGGCGGACCGCCAGGAGCUCCGGGCGGCAGCGGCGGACGAGGAGCCUGGCAAGGAGGGCCCACCGGUGGACGGGGACGCGGCGGCCUGUAGGAACCGACUCCUCAAGAACGCAUUUCUAAUCUCUAAGUUGCGGGCACUAUAUUAUUAGCGGGCGGGUUGAACUUCUCCAGAUUUUUUGUAAAGUAUUUAUCAGGCAUAAGAGCCAAAAAUACAAACGAAACUUGAAUUUGAAAA